AUGUCAGAGCUUUCUGAUCUUUCUGCUGCCAUUGUUGGGGGACCUGAGCUAAGUUCAUAUAUGAUUUCUGAGGAAACAAGUUCAUAUGCGAUCAAGAUAGAUGGAUACUCAAGUAUCAAGGGGCGAGUAAAGUAUGGCGACUUCGUGAAAUCUGUCCCUUUCACUGUUGGAGGUUAUAACUGGGUUGUGUGGUAUUUCCCAAACGGUAGCUACCUCACAGAAGAACACGAAGAUUACAUUGCUGUUUUUCUAGUUCUUGAUUCAACCAUGGCCAAGGAUGUGAAGGUGAAAUUUAGAAUUAGUCUUCUGGACAAGGAUGGAGAGCCAGUGGAGUCACCAAGCCGCACGGACGAAUAUAUCUUCCCUAGCAAAGAUUCGAAUUGGGGCUUCAGUGAUUUUUUAAAGAAGGUUGAUCUGGAGACUUCAGUUCAUCUAAGAGGCGAUAGUUUCAGCAUCAACUGCGAUAUUACCGUGGUAAAGCAUAUCAACACGUUUGUUGUUGUUCCUCCAAGCAACCUGCAACAGCACCUCGGCGACCUCCUACAGAGCAUGGAUGGAGCAGACGUGACCUUUCAUGUCGGCGGCAAGAGUUUCUCGGCUCAUCGCUCUGUGCUCGCCGCUAGGUCACCCGUCUUCAAGGCGGCGCUCUUCGGCACCAUGAAAGAGAGGGACGGCAGUCCAGUUGAGAUUAGUGAUAUGGAAAGUGACGUGUUCAGGUCCUUGCUCCACUUCAUAUACACCGACUCGCUGCCUGUUUCUGAGAUGACUCAAGAAGGUGAUGCACAAAUAGAUGGGGUAAUGGCUCGCCAUCUACUUGUCGCAGCAGACAGGUACAACAUCGAGAGGCUAAAGCUGAUAUGUGAGAAGAGGAUGUGCGACCUCAUCGACUUAGACACCGUCGCGAGCAGUUUAGCUCUAGCUGACCAGCAUAGCUUCCAUGGAAUCAAGGAAGCGUGUUUCGAGUUCCUCGCUUCUCCUUCCAAUUUGAAGGCCAUGAUGGCAAGUGAUGGCUACGAGCAUCUGAAAAGUAGCUGCCCAUCUGUUCUCAAGGAGCUGGUUGCUAGCUUCCUGCCUGCUGAGCUGAAAGCGGCCAAAGAUAUUAUCAUGACAAUUUAG